GACUCUUCAGAUCUUCCUUGGGAUGCAAAGCUUUGAUUGGCGGGGGAGAGUCGUCCAAUCGCAGCAGCUCGCUGGCGGAACCAGCCAAUGGGAGCAAGGUGAAGGCGGGCCUUUGGAGCACUGACCGGAAGCGAAAGCAGCAGCCCGGCAAGGAAAAACGCUUCACCCGUUCGUCAACAUGUCUAUUAUGUCCUAUAAUGGUGGGGCCGUCAUGGCCAUGAAGGGGAAAAACUGUGUUGCCAUUGCUGCUGACCGGCGAUUUGGCAUUCAAGCUCAGAUGGUGACCACAGACUUCCAGAAAUUGUUCCCAAUGGGAGACAGACUAUUCAUUGGCUUGGCUGGACUUGCCACGGAUGUGCAGACAGUGGCCCAAAGGCUCAAGUUCCGCCUGAAUCUCUAUGAACUGAAGGAAGGCCGGCAAAUCAAGCCCCAGACCCUGAUGAGUAUGGUGUCCAACCUCCUGUAUGAGAGACGGUUUGGGCCUUACUACGUAGAGCCUGUGAUAGCUGGCCUGGACCCUGUCACAUACAAGCCUUUCAUUUGUUCCUUGGAUUUGAUUGGCUGCCCCAUGACAACGGACGACUUUGUGGUCAGCGGGACCUGCGCAGAGCAGAUGUACGGCAUGUGUGAAUCCCUCUGGGAGCCAGAUAUGGAACCAGAUCACCUCUUUGAAACCAUAGGCCAGGCCAUGCUCAACGCAGUUGACAGAGACGCCGUGUCGGGUAUGGGUGUGAUCGUCCAUGUCAUUGAGAAAGACAAGAUAACUACCCGAACACUGAAAGCUCGCAUGGACUAACGGCCCGGUUCUUCAGGGAUCGAUUUUUUUUUUUUACCUUGGUAGCUGGAAUGCUGCUCUCGGUUUGAUUUUUUUAUUCCAAUAACUUCACCGUGAAGGAAAGUAGUUGAUAACAGGGGAUGUGUUUGACAAAUAAAAAGAAUUCUGUUAGUUUUUUGGA